GAGGAUCAUGUGCUGUUUCUCCUGUUUUCCCUCAAGCCACUUGAGGUGAAAAUACCCUGACUUGAGACCCCCAGAGGGCAAGCACAAGAAAGCAAAGCAACAAGAGAUACAGGGCUGACCCAUCUGUGAGCAGGCAAGCUAAUGAAGGUGUUAAGCAGUUGCAAUGCUUCAAAAACACUAAAUUCCAGUAACAUGGAGACUUUGAUUGAGUGCCAGUCAGAGGGUGACCUCAAGAAAUGUUCCCUGAUGGCACCAUGUGAUAGUGAAGAUGGCAUGUGCCAUCUGAUUGAUAACAAGAAGAGAAAGAAGGUGCUACCUUGGCCUUUCCCAAUGAGAAGGAAUUUAUCUUCAUCUGAUGCUCCUGGAUCCUCAGAGACAGAAUCCAAGUUCCCUCUCUUUGAUCGGCCCCUGUCAAGUAUCUGUGGGGGGGAUGGAUUACUCCCCAAAUCAAUCCAGGAGAUCCUUACCAUCCUAUACAUUAAAGGUCCUGUGACUGAAGGGAUAUUCCGAAUAGCGGCGAAUGAGAAAGCCCGCAAGGAGCUUAAGGAAGAGCUAAACUCAGGAGGAACAGUGAUCUUGACAACCAAACCUGUGCAUUUAUUGGCUGUUGUCCUCAAGGACUUUCUCAGAAGCAUCCCAGCUAAGCUACUUUCAUCUGAGCUAUCUGGUGAAUGGAUGGCCGCCCUUGAGAAGCCAAAGGAUAAUGAGAGAAUCCAAGGGCUGAAAGAAGUGGCUGGUAAACUGCCCACCCCAAAUGUUCUGCUGUUAAAGCAUUUGGUCUGUUUGCUGAACCACAUCAGCAAGAAUGCAGAAGUCAACAAGAUGGCAUCAAGUAACUUAGCUAUCUGCAUAGGACCCAACAUGUUGACCCUAGAGAAAGACCACAGUGAUUCCUAUGAAGCACAGAAAGAGUUGAACAAUAAGGUGAACACCUUGGUGGAAUUCCUCAUUGACAACUGCUUUGAAAUAUUUGGGGAUGAGAAUCCUCUGCACCUCAGUGUAACUUUGGAUGACUCACUGGAACAGGUCAACAAUUCAGAUCUCUCAAUUCCACAAAAUGACUCUGAGUUCAACGGUCCAGAACUGGAGAAAGUUGGCACCUGUUCCAGCAUCUCCCCGAACACACAGUUCCCGCUGACCAGAAGAACUACCGGAAACUCGGAUGGUGGCCGGCUCUGUCAGAUCCAGUCCCACAUGGAGCCGGUCUCUUCCUCCUUUCCCAGGCCGAGAAGUUCCCUCAGCAAGCUGGACAGGAGAUACUCAGAGCCAAACGUGCUGUCCUCCCAGGAGUGCCGGGGGAUGGGAAUCAAAGGCCAGAAGCUAACUAAAAGUGAGGAUGCCUUUACCGUGGUCCGGGCCAGCCCUGGUGUUGAGAACCAAAAAGUGGAAAAGUCAUUUCCGCCAUCCUGUUCACCUGCUGUUGAAUCGGGAAGCAAACACUCACUGAACCUUGCAGCAAAGGACAGCACUUCAGGCUCAGAAUCGUCCUCCAAGACCUCCUCCAGCUGUUCCCUGGAUAGCUCCGGUGACAGCUCUGUCUUUACAACCUCUCCGGGAGUUUCCCCUUCAAAGCAUUUCUUCACCAGGCAUCAGUCCUUUACUGUGAAAUCUGUUGAUAAAAACAGCAAACCCACCAGGGAAAUCAAAAAGCACUCCAUGUCUUUUUCUUUUGCCUCUCGCAAGAAAAUGCUAGCCAAAACCCAAAGCUUGGGAUGUGGAAAAGACCCAGUGAAGAAAGACUCCAAGAAGGAAAGUCAACUCUGUGGAAGAAUUGUCCAGGAAAUCUGGACUGAAUCUAAUAACAUUCCUGCUCUGGGACAUGGACCAAGGCCCCGAGUCCUGUCAGUCGAUGAGAUUUUUCAAUACGUCAAUCAGAAGAGCCCUGGAAAGCCCCCAUCCUAUGAGGAAGCUGUCCGAAACUGCCUGUGUCCUGAAAUCUCUUCCCCGGGGAGUCAGACUGUACAAAGUAUGAGAGACACUAUGAGUAAUCAUGACGCUUUGCUACCAACUCAGUUUACUAACCCCAGAGUGAACUCAACAAAUUCAGACCAGAAAGACCUAUUCAGUAACCAUAGGUUAUCUACAGCAAGGCAUGCUCAGGCUCUGGCUGGCUGUGCCAGGGCCUCUGUGGAAAUUAAGGAGCAAGAGACUUUAACCCCCAAAGCCAUUGUGUCCCGUCUAAGGUCCGCGCCUGAGUCCUUUCAAAAGAACAGACAAGACUAUUUAAUUAGACGCUGCAGUCAGCCUAUCUUUGAGGUUGACCAACUCCAAUACGCCAAGGAAUCAUAUGUCUAAGAGACUCUGGUCGAGCAUGAAUUUGUUUCUUAAAUGUGGUAGGUAGGAAGAACUCCUGGAGUGAAUUGCUCUCAAAAUUCGACUUCCUAAAAGUUGAAGACUUAAACUCUUUUUAGAAACCGUUUAAAAGCCUUAAAAAGAGUUCUACUCAACUGAUUUCUAAAAUGGGCAUUCAUAUGUAUGUGAGUUUGUGCAAUAUGUAUCUAGUGUAUGAAACGUUUUGUCUAUAAAGUAUCACACUGGAAGAUGAAUUGAAUGCUGCUAGAUGUCGUUGUUGUGUGCCCUUAGGGCAGUUUUCUUGGAGAUAUACGCAACCUUCUCUUUUCUUCACUCUGCAUGUAUCUUCAAAAGCCAUGCCUUUCUUAACAUUGUCCAAGCAAUUUAAGAAUCUCUAUAAGAAAUCUAGCACGGAUGAGCCACUUAAAUAUAUCUGUUCAUGCAUGGGAGAGAAAAAAACUGCCAGAAAACACAGUUCCGUGUUUCAAGUUCAUCGAUCAAUCAAUGGUAUUUAUUGAGAGCUUACUAUGUGCUGAGCACUGUACUAAGCACUUGGGAAAGAACAGUACAGAGUUGGCAGACAUGUUCCCUGCCCACAAGGGACUUCCAGUCUAGAGACAGUAACAGAAUGGUCUUAACCUGCCAUGUGAAUGCCAGGAAGUAGAGCAAAUGCUGAAAAUUAAAGUUGAAACAAUUAAGCUCUUAAGGCUCUAUUAUAAACACCGAGAAGAAAAUUUAUCUUUAAAUUUAUAAAAACUUUUUGAUGAAUGUCCUUUAAAACCUUCUCAUUAAGUUUAGGCAAAUGAAUGGAAAUGUAAGGUGUUAUCAUAGUUAAUAAUGCUCAUUUAUAUGGCAAGUUUCUCUAGAGUUCAGAGUGAUCUUAUAUUGUGGGUGUGAAGUAUGAACACUGCAUGGUGGAGAUUGUUUUCAACUUUCAUUGU